AUGCAGGACUCAACUAUGGCAGAGUUGGUUUGUUUAAAACCCAGUAACAGACUAUCGGCUCGACUCACCGGAUUCACACAGUUUUUGGUUCGGAUUAAAAGGAUGGCGGAAGUGGAGCUUGAGAUGUCAGUCGCAGAAUUCCACGACUGCCUGAGCUUUUUCGUAAUUCCGGCAGCCCUUGAGUUGGAGAGACGCGUCGAUCAGCGGUGGAACAGGCUCUGGAUGUGCAUAGAUGAAAUAGGCCUUUAUGCUGGCUCGACUUACCGGAUUUACAUAGUUUAUUGCUCGGCUCAAAAGAACGGCGGAUGUGGAGCUCCAGAUGGCGAUCGGAGAAUUCCACAAUUGCUUGAGUUAUUGCUAAUUCCAGCAGCUAUCGAGUUGAAGAGACGCGAUGAUCAACACCUCCGAUGGGGCGUUGAUGAAUAG